AUGGAGAGCGGAUGUCUAGUUGCGAGCUCCGACAAUUUUGAGAAUGUUCUUCGAGAUUUAACAGUAAGCGAUAAAGGAAAGUUCAAAUGGAGCGGCACUUUCGAAAAUUUAGAAAUUAUGAUGAACAAUAUACUUGAGAAACAGACAGUAUGGAAUUCAUCCGGCGGAGAUUGCAAGAAGCUGGAGGUUGACGACCUAUGUGUGAGAUGGUAUAUGAAGAACAAAUCGUUGACUAUCAACGGAGAGGGAAGCGAAGAUCUAAAGUCGCAGUUGAAAGCAGCUGUAUGUGUGGCGGAAUCUGAUGCUGCAGCGAGUCAACAUCCCAAAGUUAGCGAGGUCGUGGAGAGUGACGACGAACCCGAAUGUGAGAGUGUAUUACUUAGUUAUACCCUUGGGAACCCUGCCACCCAAAGUCCUGCCGUUUCUGCAUCUGUUAUUGAACUAGUACAGAGUCUUGAAGAACGGCUGGAAUGUAAGCUUGAAAAGUUGGCAAGCCAAAUUGAAGAACUAAGCUCAGCAAGCUUACAGCAAUUAAACCAUGAACCGAACGAUGCAUUACAAUCAACCGAGUAUAGCGCUUUUCUAAAGAGCGAAAAUACUUCAUUAAAAAAAAAACAUGGUGCUCGCUGA